AUGACAAAAAGUAAUUUAUUUGAACGAGUGAAAAUAAAUAAUGAAGAAUACAUUUCUAUUUGUGGUGUUCAUGAACCACAACACAAAAGUAAAAAAUAUCAAUAUCUUCAAACACCAGGAAUAGUUAGAACGCCACAUCUUAUAAUCUGUUGUUGUUUAAAUAUUGGAACAGAACCACCAGGAUAUAAAAAACCAAAAGUAAGUUCAAAUACAUUUGGAUGGAUUAAUACUAAAGAACAUAAAAAAAGAGAAAUAGGAUAUGAAAUUACAAAUCAACUUGGAAUUCAAUAUCAAAGAUAUUGUACACCAACAGUCUCAACAGAAGGGUUAUGGGAUCCAUCAAUAGAAAAAGUCAAAAAAGCAUGUAUUGGAGCAAGAGAACGAUUUGGGAAAGACAGAAUAUUAUUUCAUUAUAAUGGACAUGGAGUACCAUUACCAACAAUUAAUCAUGAAUGUUGGUUUUUUGAUGAAGAUAUAACUACAUAUGUGCCAAUGAAUAUUAGUGAAAUCUAUGCAUGUUUAGGGGAGAGAGGAGUUUAUGUAUUUGAUUGUCCAUAUUCAGAAAGACUUUUCAAAUGGUUUACAAAACGAAAUGAAAUAAUAAAAAAACAACAUAAAAAAGUAGCAGAAUAUAUUGUUUUUUCAGGAUAUGGAGAUUUACAAGCACCUCAAACAAAUCCAAAUUAUCCAAUAGAUAUAUUUUCAACAUGUUUAACGACACCAUUAUCAAUGGCAAUAUUAGACUAUUAUUAUUCAACAGAAUGUAUUAUUCCUAUACCAACGUCAUUUUUAAAAACAUUACCUAUAGAAAAUAAAACAAAAAUACAACCAUUUUCAGAAUUAUAUGCUAUUUUAACAUCUAUUAUAGAAGCAAUUGCAUGGAAUGUAUUACCAGCAGAACUUUUUAUGAAAUUAUUUAGACAAGAUAUUGCUGUAGCAUCAUUAUUUAGACAUUUUAUUUUGGCAUGUAGAAUAAUGAAAAAAUUUAAUUACAAACCACAAUCAUUUCCAGAACUUCCAGAUACAUCAAAUCAUUUAUUAUGGAAAACAUGGGAUAGUGUAUUAGAACUUGCAAUUCCUAAAUUGAUUAAUUCAACAAGACAAAUUAAUUAUUUACCAUCACCAUUUUUUAAUAAUUUAAUAAUAUCAUUAAAAACAUGGUUAUCAAUUCAUCCAGAUAAACCAUCUAAACCAUGUAUCUUACCAAUGAUAUUUCGAUUAUUUUUAAGAAAAGACUAUACAUAUGAAGUAUUUGGAUUAAUUUGUGAAUAUGUAGAUUUAGGAUUUUUUGCAUGUGAUCGAGUUGUUAAUAUUGGGUUUAUACCAUUAUUAGUACAAAGUUUAGAAAAAGAAGGAUUAGAAGAAUUUGGUGUUUUUUGUUUAGCAAAGAUAUUUUCAUAUGACUCAAGCCUUAUUUCACAUUACCUUAGAGGGUCUAUUAGAACAUUAAUCAGAAUUGUUCAAAAAGGAGAAAAUCCAAAAGAAAGUAUCUGUGGAUUAUUUUUAUUAGCACAAAUAUUUGGAGAUGGAGAAGUUAUGAAACAAAUUGAUACAAAAGGACUUUAUAAUAUUUUUAUUGGAACGUCUAGAAGAGAGAAUUGGCUAAUUAAAGUUUGGUCAAUGGUAUGUUUAGCACGUCUUAUUGAACAAGAAACAACAAAAAGAGGAAUUUAUGAGAAUGCACAAAUACAAGGAAUGAUAAUAGAAUUAUCUAAAGACAAAAAGCCACUUGUACGAAGUUCAGUAAUUUAUUUAAUAAUGCAUGGAAUACCACAACCAAGAAGCGAAGAAACACAAGAAAUGUUAAAUGGAUUACAAGGGAUAAUAUUUGAAUUAGCAAAAGAUGGAUGUCCUACAGUAAGAAGUUUACUUGUUGUUUUAAUCUUUAAAAUUAUGUCAAGUGGAUAUAAUGGAAAUAAAUAUCAAGAAGUUUUAGAAUAUUUAGCAAAUGAUCCAGAUCCAGAUGUUAUUAGAGCAUCAGAAGGAUUAAUAACAUUAAAUGAAAAGAUCAAAGGGUCAAGAAUAAAUAUGAGAAAACAAAUGGCAUCACCAUUAGAGCAAUUUAUUAAGACAAGCAAAAAAAUAUUUGAUGAUUUAAUAGAGAGAUUUUAUUGUUCUAUUAGAGACAUAUUUAGAAAACCAUUAUUAAUAGAAGUUAUUAAUGAAAAUAAAAGAGCAAAAAAAGAAUGGUUUGAAAAACAGUCUAUUGCAACACAAUCAAGUUGUAGAGAUUUAUAUAUUGAUAUUCCAAAUAGAGAAAUGAAAGAAGAAAGUAAAUUAACGAUAAUAAAUAAUAUGUAUAUUCCUAAAAAAGUUAUUUUCCAUCCUACACUUCCAGUUAUUUUAAGCGAUGUUGGACAUGAUAGUAUUGGAAUAUAUGAAUAUAAAGUUAGUCCAUUUCCAACAAAAACAUUUUCAAAUUUUAAUGCAAUUAACACAUCAAUUAAUUUUAUUGAUUGGAUGAAUAAAAGUGAUUCAUUAUUAAUAUCAGGAUGUGAAGAUGGAAGUAUUAGAAUUUGGGGAGAUUGGUCAAAUGAACAUAAGUCAGUUAGUUCAUGGAGAGGAAUUCCAAACCAAGGAAUAAGCAAAGCACGGUUUUCAACAAUAACAAACAAUAGAAUUUGUGUAGGAGCUGAUUAUUCCAUAUGUGUUUGGGAUGCCGAAUUAGAAGAAUGUAUUAAUACAUUUAAAAUAGAAGAGACAGUAAGUUGUUUAAGUCCAUUUAGUGAUAAGUCAUUUUUUUGUGGAGGUAGUAAUGGAACAGUCAAUAUUAUUGAUAUUCGAUGUGAAAAUAUUAGUCAAUGGAAAGAACAAAAAAGGGAAAUUGUAAAUGUAGGAUAUUCUACUAGAUCAUUUACAGUUGUUACAACAAGUAAAGGAGAAACAUCAGAAGUUUGUUUAUAUGACAUAAGAAAAAUAAGUGAAAGUCAAAGUUGUAAAGCAUAUAAAACAAUUGAUAUUCCUGAAAUUACUAGUGCAUGUGUACAUGAAGAAGCACCAUAUUUUGCUAUAGGAACAACAAAUAAUUAUGUUCAACUUUAUAAUGUAAUAACAGGAACAAAAUAUCAAGAAUUAAAAUCAUAUGAAAAUAUCUUUAGAUUUAAAUCAUAUCCAGUUAAUUCUGUAAGUUUCCCAGACUAUAACUUUUCAUUAGCAGUUACAACAAAUACCAAUAUUAUUAUUUAUUCACUUAAUUAA